UGGGAGGAGCCUGUGAUCGGCUACAGUCAGUGACACGUAAGAAUCCUGCGUGAUUUCUGGGGAAGAAAAACAGAGCGUUAAUUCAGCGUGAAGGCGGCUUGUUUGCGUUGGGCUUAAUGUGUGGUUGAUCCCAGGAACGGGGGGUCCGCUGGACAGUAUUGUGGUCGAAGAAGGAGCGACUCGAACGCGUCGGGAAAGAUGCGAUUUUCAAUGCUGGUGUCAUUCCUUAGGCCCAUCGGGCCGGUGGUUAUAGGCAUCUCUUUAGGCUUUACCUUGAGUUUGUUGAGCGUCAGUUGGGUGGACGAGUCGUGUAAUUUCGAAGGUAAAGACAGUGAAGAUGUUAGUUUCCCUCCAGAUAGUACACUGAAAGGUGCCCGCAAACCUAGUUCGAUAUCGACCAACAACGAUGUGGACUCGGAGGACGAUUUCGAGCCAAGGAUCGUCCCAUAUAAACAAGUUCAAGAAAGUUCUAACAAGAAACUUUUUAGAGCCAAGUACAUCAGCUCGGAGCUGGGCAUGCGGGAGCGUCUGUUCGUGGGCGUGCUGACCUCCAAGGCCACCCUCAACACCCUGGCCGUGGCGGUCAACCACACCAUCGGCCACCACCUGGACCACGUGGUGUUCUUCACCGGCACGCACCAGCGCAAGGUGCCGCACGGCAUGGCGGUGGUGACUCACGGCGACGAGCGUCCCGUCUGGAACAUGUACCAGACGCUCCGCCACGUGGUGGACCACGCGCUGGAGGGCUACGACUGGUUCUACCUGGUGCAGGACGACGCCUACACCCAGGCGGACCGCGUCAAGGCCCUGGUGGAGCACCUGAGCAUCGAGCGCCGGCUCUACAUGGGCGCGCCCCAGGAGUUCAUCGGCGACGGGGAGAGAGCGGAGGGCAGCUACUGCGCGGGGGGCUUCGGGUACCUGCUGUCCCGCACGCUGCUCCUGCGGCUGCAGCCCUUCCUGGAGAACUGCCGCAACGACAUCCUGAGCUCCAGGCCCGACGAGUGGCUGGGGCGCUGCAUCGUGGACUACACAGGGACCGGCUGCGUGGGCGAGCACGAGGGAUUGGAAUACUCACAUUACAAGUUAGACAAGAACUCAGAUCCAUACCAAGAGGGUAACGAGCAGUGCAAGAACGCCCUGACCGUCCACCCGGUGUCCGACCCAGAGCAGAUGUACCGCCUGCACAGGCACUUCACCGAGCUUGAGCUGCAGAGGACCUACAACGAGAUCGCUAAGCUGCAGGAAGAGAUAAAGAACGUGAGUGUGGUGGCCUUUGACGGAAACCGCACUUCUCAGUGGCCGGUCGGGAUCACUCCGCCCUUCGACCCCAAGAGCCGCUUCGAGGUCCUGCGUUGGGAGUACUUCACCGAGGAGCACAUCUUCUCGUGCGCGGACGGCGCCCCCAAGUGUGAGCUGCGGGGCGUCGACCGCGCCGACGUGGCGGACGUCAUCAGCGUGGCCCUGGACCGGCUCAACGACAAGUACAAGCCCGUCCUGCGGCUGACGAAGCAGCAGCUGAUCAACGGCUACCGGCGCUUCGACCCCACCCGGGGCAUGGAGUACACCCUGGACCUGCAGCUGGAGGCGGUCAACCAGAAGGGCCACAGCCGCUCGCUGGCCAAGCGGGUGCACCUGGUGCGGCCCCUGAGCCACAUCGAGAUCAUCCCCAUGCCUUACGUCACAGAGGCCACCCGGGUGCACGUCAUCAUCCCGCUGACGCUGCAGGACCGCGGCCGCGUCGACCGCUUCCUGGAGGGCUUCGCCGCAGGCGCCUUCGAGACCAGCGAGAACGCCGUGCUGACCUUCCUGUUCAUCUACGACCCGCUGGAGGCGCAGCAGGUCAGCCAGAACGACAUCUUCGCCGGCGUCAAGGCGCAGAUCGCCGUCUACGAGCGCAAGUACCCCGCCGUCAAGAUCCCGUGGAUCAGCGUGAAGACGGAGACGCCGUCCCAGCUCAAGUUCAUGGACAUCAUCUCCAAGAAGCACCCGGUGGACACGCUGUUCUUCCUGGCCGAGGUCAACACCAACGUCAACACGGAGUUCCUGAACCGCUGCCGCAUGAACUCCAUCAACAACUGGCAGGUGUUCUUCCCCGUCCACUUCCAGGACUUCCACCCGGCCGUGGCCAGCCCAGACCGGCGGGCGACGGCCCAGGCCAACGGCGCGCCGGGCGACCUGGCGAGGGAGGAGGGCCGCUUCGACCGCGGCGCCUUCGACGAGGCGUGCUUCUACAACGCCGACUACAUGGCCACGCGCGCCCGCAUGUCGGCCGACGUCCAGGAGAACGAGGAGCUGCUGGAGUCGCUGGACGUCUACGACAUGUUCGUCAAGUACUCAUUGCUGCACGUGUUCCGGGCGCUGGACCCGGCGCUGCGGCAGCGGCACCGCGAGCAGCCGUGCAACCCGCGCCUCAGCGAGGACAUCUACCACCGUUGCCUGCAGAGCAGCCUGGAGGGGCUGGGCUCCCGUUCGCAGCUCGCCAUGCUGCUCUUUGAGCAGGAGCACGGGAACAGCACUUGAAAACACACACCGUGUUCGUGAUAGAAACCCCCUCUCCAAUGUGUAUGAAUGUGAGGUAUUUUGUUUUUAACAGGAGUGAGGGGGGGAAAUUAAAUGCAGUACAUUCCUAAUGAUAUAUUUUCACCUGAUGUUUACAAUACAUGCGUCUGUCUGUUCACGAGAAAGACGGGAGAACUGUUCUUUUAAUAACAUGGUUAUGGCCAAAGCACCCGUCGUCAUGUGUUGCACUUGCACCACACUUUUGUUACUGGCUCAUUUGAGUAUUUGACCAAAGCCAAUUUUCCAUAUAUAUGUGCCUUUUCACAUUGGUUUUUAAGUACAUGCUGGCUUUAAAUGUAGGCUGGCACGGUUUAUAUUUUUGUAGUCGUUACCAGGAUGCACGGUGCAGCAUUUAAAGUGACCUGCACAAUGGUUGGAUGUUGCUUUCAGACUCUCCGACUACAUCCUGCUAUUUAUCUAGGAGAGAAAUGUUUUGAAGUGGCUUGCCACUUAGCUUACUGGAGGUAUUGCCCAGUUGUCUGUUGUUAAAGAUAAAAACUACAAAUGCUGUAUGAGAUUGUAACUGUAAUGGAGGACGGUUGCGUUGUAGAAAAUGUGUUUGGCCAGCCACAGAUUGUACCGACGGUGUAUUAACCUCUAAAAGGUAUUGUGGUCUUACCUUAACGCCUUCCACGGCCCGGUAUGUAUGGAUCUCUGAAGGACCCAGAUAAGAGAUACCUGGAGAUCAUCAAAUCCAGCGUGCUUUAGAGUGGCGUCUGUUACUCAGCAUGAGGUAGAGGAUGAUGGCGUACAUGUUGGGUUGGGAUUCAAGAAUGUUGUAUUAUAUUGGUAACUUUCCUUAUGUGAGAGUUGUCAGACCGAAAUAUUUGAACAAACUAAAUUGACUUCUACAUUUUGAAUAAGCGUAAGGUGCUGGUACUGUUGGAAUUACUGCGGAGGAUUUUAUUCUCCCAAUUUAUUGGUCUGUUUUUUAAUUCUGCUGUUUUAGAUAAAUGUCUCUGUUCUACAAGUUUUUGAGAGGCCUUUUUAUGCAGUAAAAAGCAGUGGUGGGUGUACCAGACCUGGGAUGUUUUAGAUAUACUAUAAUGUGCAAUAAUGUACAGGAAGAGAAUACAAGCAAAUGAAAACAUUCUCAGCAGUUGGAUCGCUGUCCACACGAGGACGGCACAUUUCAAUUGAAUCGGCUUUCACUGCUAGUACAGCAAAAAGAUACAUUCAUAUAGCAUUAAGGGGUUAGCACGCUAUGCUACAUUGCCUAAAUCAAUGGGGAUUCAUUCAGCAUGGAUUGUUCAUUAAAUACACUGAUAGUAACUGUAUUUGCUAAGAUAAAGACCAUUUUAUGUAA